GUUUCCGAGGUCUUAUCACAGAAAUUUCCUCCCUUUGAUCAUCAGAGCGUCAUCAUCGGACCAUUUGAGGACGAGUCAAAGAGGGAUGUAGACAUGCUCAUUGAACUGAUGCUGGAAUUCCACGCCUGGUCGACUGCCCGUCCCGUCUAUGCAAGCGAGACUACUGCCGAAGCUCUCGAGAAGGAAAUUCACGAUAUUAUCGAAACAGAAAAUGAGCAAGGCAGGUCUACAGUCUCACUGCCGCCACCUCAGACUAUCGUCGAUAAAACCCGGCAACGCCUCAUCGAAUUCGUGGAACGUAUCAAGAUUGCUCUGGCUGCUCUUACUAGAUUCUGA